AUGAACCUCUUGUGGCUCAUUUUCGUGGUGGCUGUGGCCGAUGCAAGUGUGCGGUGGUGGCCGGCAGCCAGUGAGGCGCCCAGCGGCAUGCCAGCAGGACAGAUGAUCAUGACCAUGAUGGUGAUCUCAUUCCUCGCAGCCCACGCGGCUGUUUGUUGGCAUUUCCACAAGCGCCGUCACGUGGCCGACUUCUACAAGCAGGCGAUAGCAGAAGCCGGGUCCUCCACUACGGACUACUACACUGUUGGUGCGGACAACGAGCCCAUUGAGCACACAUGGCACUACAUGGUGCGCCGGCAGGCCGGGAAUAUUGGUGUCAAGGCAGACCAGUUUCUCAGAUUGUCGGCGCCCUCGCUCAUGCAAGUGCUGCUGCCGUACCUGUGCCUCUUCGCGUUGCGCCAUGACCACCAUGUCUUCCUUGACUUGCUUUAUCUCCGUCCACGUCAUGGGAAUGUGUACGAGAUCAUUGCCUGCAAGACCCGACAGCAGAAGUUUCUGGAGGAGCGACAGCAACAGGAGGGCUUGAACUCGGUCCAGUUUGUGAAACGUAUCGCGCCCUCCGAUGGCGACGAGACCAAGAUAUUCGUCAAACCACGCUUUGGAGCCUUCGGCGAAGAUUGCUGCGUAAUGACUUCGCACGCAGCCUUCCACAUGACGCCAAAGCGCGCGCAGCACAUGGUCUUUGAAGAGCUGCUGCAAAACCAUCCCGUCAUCGAGAACGUGGUCGGGGAGAAAGCUCCCCUUUGCACGCUGCGGAUUUGGACGUCGCGAUGGGUCCCUAACCGGCCGAGCGUGCAAGCAGCCUUCUUGGUGGCCCGCAGCGGUUGCAUCAGCAAUUGCAAGAAGAACGAGUGCUGCCAAGUUGACCAGAAGACCCAGACAACUGCCGUCAAGAGCAGCGAGGUCACUUUUGUUCUCCCCUUCUUCCGGGAGGCGCUCUUCACGGCAAACUGGGUCCAUGACCAAUUUCCCGAGGUGCCGUUUCUUGGCACAGAUAUCGCUCUCACGCCCACAGGGGCAGUGCUACUGGAAACCAACUUGCUGUGCAGCUACAGCAUCUAUUCGAAACAGGUGGGGCUCGCCUAUGGGCUCGACGAUGUCGAGGCUUUCUUGGCUUUCCAGGCCCUUUCAAAGUUGGCGGCGUGGCCAGGGACUGCAAUCUCCUUGUUUCAAAACGGGAGGCUUUCCAAGGAUGGUACAGAUAGAUACGGCUUUAAUGUCUGCAGGUGUCGUCAAGAAGCAUCCUUCUUACACAUGCAGAAGUGCAGUGUAAAUGUUGCCGAGCAGCCAAGCUUGUCCCGGGAUGGGCAGUCCAGGUCGCCGAAAGAGUCGCGGUUCCACAACUCGGACAUUUGGCGACGAGCGGCCGUCAAGGGAAUUAGAGGCCUGCUCGCUUGCUGCCUCUUCUUGCCAGCUUCCUACUUUCAGCAGCUGCCCCUCGAGUCAUCCUUCUCGGGAGUUUGGUACCUGGUGAAUGUCAACUCCAUCGUUUGCCCCGGCUCACCAGGCUAUGCAGUCAUCAACAUGACCGAGCCCACAGACAAAACACAUAGUCCGCACAUCUUCACCGUUUUUCGGACGACCAAUGCUACCGUGACGUUGGGCUUCGAGGCCACUGACGCCACUGGUAAGGUGGUCACAGACCAAUCUGCCGGAAUCUCUUUGAAACAAGCUGCACGUCGCUUGGAAGAAGUGCCGAAUGCUCUGGAGAAUGAGGAGGCACUGCUUGCGGCUCCAGAGGAAGCAGCAUCGCCUCGCCAGCUGAGCGCCCGCCGGAGAAGUGGAGGUGGAGGCUCAUACUCACACAGCAGCUAUAGCUCUCCCCGAAGGCGUGCACCCGUCACCUACAGCUCCCCACGGCGCCGCGCACCAGCUCCGCCGCCAAGCCCUCCGCCAAUUUCUGGCACAACCUCGGGAGCCUCCGCGAGACGUCGGGGCUACACUGAGCCUGUGAGCCAGAGACGACGUACCGCUGGCUACGACAACAAGCACUACUCCAACCCCUCGAACCCAGCAGCUGGCAGCUACGGCUAUGCGAGUCAGAGCGUGGCUGCGAGCAACUAUGGGGGCCGCCUCCCCACCAGCACACCGUAUGGUUAUACAGGGGCGAAUGCCUACUCUGGCCGCACGGGGAGUGGCAUGCAGAUUGCCAUGGCGGCUGGAGGUGGCCUUUUGGCUGGUAUGGCGGUGAGUUCCUUGAUGAACCAUGCAUGGACUGGAUAUUCUCGUGAGCAGAUGCUGAGCAUGCCCUGCUCCUCUGGAACCUGGUCUGGCCUCUGCAGCUCCUGCGUAACGCUUUAUGGCGCCGACAAAUGUGACAUCAAGAUCUCACCCAAGAUCGAUGCCACGCGGGAUGACUUGCUCAAUACGGGCUUCAUUCCCGCAGACUUCACUUGGCCUAUCCAUGUGAAGAUCACCACCAUCUCCGGGCCGGAUUUCGACCCGAGCUCAAUCUGCCCACCCACCGAUCCAGGAGCUCAGUGGAGCCCACCUCCAAUGAAGCAGCUGUUCCUGACUCUGACUACAAUGGAAGAGCUCUCGGCGCCCCCCGUCGCCGCAGCUUCGAGUGGCUCGGGCUCAACGUUCUCUAUGUUGUCGGGAACGGCUGGGACUAUCGUUGGCCUGUGCUGCUGCUGCGGCGCUUUGGCUGCUGCUGGGGCCUUCUUCAUGAAAAGGUCUAAGCGCCCAGACUGGGAGUCGGGUACAUCCUCCGAGUCCGAGUCUGAUGGAUACCCCCUGCCGGGCCAGGUGGUCGCUCCAGGUCACCCGGUGCAACCAUCGGGAUACGGGCAUGGAGGCGCAAACCCCUACUGGCAUGGAGGCGCACCUGCAGGACCGCCACCGCCAGCCCCGUAUGCGGGCGCCCCGUAUGCGGGUGCGCCAUAUGCGGGCGCCCAGUAUGGGGGCUCCCCUCGUGCUGGUGCUCCUUACACAAGCUCACCGUACGCUGGUGCUCCCUAUGCUGCGACCUCCUUCGCCCAGGGCAGCCCGCAGGCGUACCCCCAGCCAUUCCAAUCGGGCGGCGCUUUUGCCGGGGCUGGCUUUGUCGGCGGUGGCUUCAUGGACACUGCUGCCCCCAAUGGCUCCAGUUGGACCAAUGUCUGUCGGCAGCAUCCCGUGAGCGUGAACGGGUCCACCAUGAUGCCGGAGGGCCCAUGGGGCGAGUGUUUGGCUUGGGCGGUGGCGUACGAGCACCAGAAUCCGGGGUGGGAGUCUGAUCCGCGGUUCCAAGAAGGGCCCGCCCAGCAAGUGAUCAACGCGAUGCUCGAGCACUCGCCGGAAAGCAUGGCGCCUUCCAUUACGAUGGCCGCCGAGAAUCUCGAGGAGGCUUGUCACCAAGCAGUGCGCACGGGCACUCGCCUUCCGCUGAUCAACCAGGUGAUUCGGUAA